AUGGACAAGCAGAAAUCAAACAUGAAGAUCAACAAAGUGAAAUUGAUGUGCAGUUAUGGAGGAAAGAUUCAGCCCAGGCCAACGGACCACCAACUCUCCUACAUCGGCGGCGACAUCAAAAUCCUCACCGUCGAUCGAAAAGUUAACUUCUCCGAAAUGGCAGCCAAACUAAAUUCCCUCUGCAACAUCAAUAAAAAUUCCGAGGUUUGCAUAAAGUACCAGCUACCCGGCGAGGAUCUUGACUCCUUGGUCUCCUUAAUCAACGAUGAGGAUGUCGAGCACAUGAUGGUGGAGUACGACCGCAUGCUCGCGAUUUCAACCAAACCCGUCCGACUUAGGCUUUUCAUCUUCGAUAUAUCAAGUCCUAGAAUCCCUUCUACGAACUUGGGUAACAAAAAUUCGGGUCCGGGCACCCCUCUGAACCCGGAUUAUUUAUUUGGAUUUGAUAAAGAGUAUCAGCCAAGUAUUGGACCUCCGGUAGAUAUUCUGCAAAUUCCGGGUAUGGUUCUGCCCGAGAAUUUCGGGGUGGAUGCAGGUGCCGGAAUUCAGGCGAAGAGAGAAAUUAACAAUGUGAAUGCGGCGGUUUACCGGAUACCGGUGGUGGCUGAUGGAGGAGUACAUCAAGCUGGACAAUAUGGAUACAGAGUGGUGCCGGGUGCCGUUAAUUUUAACGGCGAGCAGCCGCAAUACAAUUUUGUUGCAGUGACGCCGUCAGUAUCAGUUCCGAUGAUGUCAAUGGGAAAUAGUCCUGGGAUGAAGAUUAAUCAACGCAAUAUUUGA